AUGUGCUCCCUAGGGUUGUUCCCUCCGCCUCCGCCUAGGGGCCAGGUCACCCUCUACGAGCACAAUAACGAGCUGGUGACGGGCAGUAGCUAUGAGAACCCUCCUCCUGACUUCCGGGGCCAGUGGAUCAAUUUUCCUGUCCUAAACCUGUCCAAGGACCCUCUGAAGAACCCGGGGAGGCUGGACCAUGGCACAAGAACUGCUUUCAUCCAUCAUCGGGAGCAAGUGUGGAAGAGAUGCAUCAAUAUUUGGUGUGAUAUGGGCCUGUUUGGGGUGCUGAAUGAAAUUGCUAACUCGGAGGAGGAGGUGUUUGAGUGGGUGAAGACCGCGUCCAGCUGGGCCCUGGCACUCUGUCGAUGGGCCUCCUCCCUCCAUGGGUCCCUGUUCCCACACCUGUCUCUCCGGAGUGAAGAUCUGAUUGCUGAAUUUGCCCAAGUCACAAAUUGGUCCAGCUGCUGCCUGCGGGUCUUUGCAUGGCACCCCCACACCAACAAGUUUGCGGUGGCCCUGCUGGAUGAUUCGAUCCGCGUGUAUAAUGUUAAUAGCACCAUCGUCCCCUCCCUGAAGCACCGGCUGCAGCGCAAUGUGGCAGCUCUGGCCUGGAAGCCCCUCAGUGCCUCGGUCUUGGCUGUGGCCUGCCAGAGCUGCAUUCUCAUCUGGACCCUGGACCCCACCUCCUUGUCUACAAGACCCUCCUCUGGCUGUGCUCAAGUGCUCUCGCACCCUGGGCACACACCCGUCACCAGCCUGGCCUGGGCGCCCAGCGGGGGGCGGCUCCUCUCAGCUUCACCUGUGGAUGCUGCCAUCCUGGUCUGGGAUGUCUCAACAGAGACCUGUGUUCCCCUUCCCUGGUUUCGGGGAGGAGGUGUUACCAACCUGGUCUGGUCCCCAGAUGGCAGCAAAGUCCUGGCUUCCACUCCUUCAGCUGUGUUUCGAGUCUGGGAGGCCCAGAUGUGGACUUGUGAGAGGUGGCCCACUCUGUCAGGGCGAUGUCAAACAGGCUGCUGGAGCCCAGAUGGAAACCGGCUGCUGUUCACUGUAUUGGGGGAGCCACUGAUUUACUCCUUAUCAUUCCCACAACGUUGUGGUGAGGGAAAGGGACGUGUUGGAGGAGCAAAAUCAGCAACGAUUGUGGCAGAUCUGUCCGAGACCACAGUACAGACACCGCAUGGAGAGGAAAGGCUUGGGGGAGAGGCUCACUCCAUGGUCUGGGACCCCAGUGGGGAGCGUCUGGCUGUGCUCAUGAAAGGAAAUCCCCGGGUCCAGGACGGUAAGCCAGUCAUCCUCCUUUUCUGCACUCGCAACAGCCCUGUGUUUGAGCUACUUCCUUGCGGCAUCAUCCAGGGAGAGCCAGGAGCCCAGGCCCAGAGCAUCACUUUCCAUCCUUCCUUCAAAAAAGGGGCUCUGCUCAGUGUGUGCUGGUCCACAGGCCGCGUCGCCCACAUCCCUCUGUUCUUUGUCAAUGCCCAGUUCCCACACUUUAGCCCAGUGCUUGGCCGAACCCAAGAGCCCCCAGCUGCGAGUGGAACUUCUAUUCACGAUCUGCCCCUCUUCACUGAGACAUCCACAACCUCUGCUCCUUGGGACCCUCUCCCGGGGCCACCACCUGCUCGGUCCCACUCCCCUCACCCCCACUUCCAAUAA